GAGCGAUCAAACACAGCCUUGAUGGAGGUCGAGGCAGCCGCCUCCGACCUCCGGCUGCUGAGAGGGCGCGUGGACGAUCUAGAGGAGAAGCUUCAGAGCUCCAGUCGCACUUUGGAGCUUCUUCAGGCACAGAGCGUCCAGCUGCAUGAGGCAGCGCAGUCAGACCGCCAUGAUGCACUGGAACAAAUGCAUCGUCUCGAAGGCCGAGCUUUACGGCUUGAGCAGGCUUUAGCCGAAGGUCGAAAUGUGGUUGAAGCAGACAUGUCCCGGCUUCGCAAUGAACUUUCGCUAGGGGUACAAGAUCUGAGCCAGCGUGUUGACGAUCGCCUGAGGGUUCUGAAAGAACGCUUCGAUGAGCGCUUGCAUGCCCUCCAGGCGGCCUCCAAUGAUGAGGCCACAAUGGUCAUUCGUGAGGCUCAAGCAACCUGCGUGCGAUUGGCUGAUGACGUUUUGGGCAUUGCCGAGGGCUCUCAGAAGAAGGUUGAGGAGCUCAGUCGGCAAGUUAGCACCUCCCAACGGCGCCUCGAGGAUUUGGAGAGGCAGACCGAGGCUGGCCUGGAGACCCUUCGUGCUGAGAACGUCGCGGUGCGCGCGGAGGUGGCCGGGCAAACAGCGCGGCGCCGCGAGGGUCCGAACCGCUAA